UUAUUCCCCAUUAAGACUCUCAACUCGCGCAUUCUCCCAUUCCCACGCUGAGAAGUGCAUAUAACCCCCUCCUCUACGCCUCCCCUCCCUCUCUCUUCUCCAUUUACAAAACACAUCUCCACACGCACAUCUCAAAUUGCAACACAACCUCAAACCAAACCCAGACGCAAAACUCAAACUAAAAACACACCACCAACCAACCAACCAACUAAAACCACCAACAACCCACAAAAAUGUCCUGUCCCAGCUGUCCCGGCGGCGGAGGCGACUGCGGCGGAUACCCCGGCGGCGGCUAUCCCGGAUACGGCUACCCCGGCAGCAGCAGCAACGGAGGCGGCGGCUACCCCCCUCAAGCGCCAUACACGGGUGCGUCUCCCAAUAUGGGCGGGAACACGGGAGUGCCUUAUACGGGGAUGAAUGGCGGAGGGUGGGGAUAG